CUCCCUUCAGGCGAGCCAAUUGGGAUUCCACUCCACGAAAAAAACCCUAGCCGCCGAUGCGGAAGCGCCCGCGUCCCGGCGGAGCUGGCAACUUCGAGAAGAGGAUCCGCCGCCGCAUAUUGAAUGGCGGCCUCGCCGGCGCCGGCGCCUCGGCCGAGGACGUCGCCAGCACGCUCCGCGUCCACUACCCCGAGCUACGCCGCCAGAAGCCGGACCCCUUCACUGCCUUAGUCCGCCGCGUCCUCUCCUCGAUACCCUCCCCCUCCUCCCCCUCAGGUUCCGACGGCGGCGACUACGACGACGCAGAAGACUCCUCCGCCUCCCGCCACCGCCACCGCCACCGCCACCGCCACGACGCCCACGCCAGCACCUCCUCCUCCACAUCCGUCUCCGACGAGGUCGCCCACCCGCCGCCAGCCCCUGCCUACGACGUCACCAAGUCCGUGAUCCGCUCCAACUACGCCGCGCAGACGGCCAAACGGAACCCCGCCUCUAACCAGCAGCUGGAGAUUGAGGAGACCGCUGAGAAGGCGCGCCGCCUCAUCACGUCCGAUGGUGGCGCCGGUGGAGAUGCUAAGCCGGAGGCCAUGGCCUCUGAAGGAAUCGUCCGAGGGGACAAGGGGCCGAGGUUCGCCGAUCUCGGCGGGAUGGAGGCGGUGAUAGAGGAGCUGAUGAUGGAAGUUGUUGUGCCCCUGUGCCAUCCGGAGCUGCCGCAGCGCCUUGGGGUUAGGCCUGUGGCUGGGCUGCUGCUGCACGGACCGCCUGGUUGUGGGAAGACCACCCUUGCACAUGCCAUUGCCAAUGAGACUGGUGUACCAUUCUACAAGAUAUCGGCCCCGGAGGUCGUAUCUGGGGUAUCUGGAGCUUCUGAGGAAAAUAUCAGGGGAUUGUUUCAGAAGGCCUACAGGACUGCUCCCUCGAUUGUAUUCAUUGAUGAGAUAGAUGCAAUUGCAUCCAAGAGGGAGAAUCUGCAACGAGAGAUGGAGCGGCGGAUAGUUACUCAAUUGAUGACAUGCAUGGAUCAAUUCCACCAGAAUAUUGGACCUGGUGGUGGUGAUUUGGAUGCAGAAUCAUCUGAAAAGAAACCUGGUUAUGUAAUUGUCAUUGGAGCCACAAAUAGGCCUGAUGCUGUGGACCAAGCUCUGCGACGGCCAGGAAGGUUUGAUCGAGAGAUAUCCCUUGGUGUUCCAGAUGAGAAUGCACGAAAACAGAUACUGAAGAUGCUUAUUCAGAAUCUUCGACUUGAAGGCAAUUUUGACUUGUUUAAAAUAGCUAGGGCCACACCAGGUUUUGUUGGUGCUGACUUGAAGGCACUAGUGGAUAAAGCAGGGAAUCUAGCAAUGAAGAGAAUAAUUGAUAAAAGAAGAGCUCAGUAUUAUCAUGAACACAAUGGAAAUAGCAAGCAUGACUGGUGGAGACAACCUUGGGAUGCUGGUGAGGUGGAGGGCCUACAUAUUACAAUGUACGACUUUGAGGAAGCAACAAAAAUGGUUCAACCAUCCUUGAGAAGAGAAGGAUUUUCAUCUGUCCCUGAUGUCACAUGGGAUGAUGUUGGAGGUCUUAAUUCAUUAAGGAAAGAGUUUGACCGCUGCAUUAUCCGAUGUAUCAAGCACCCUGAAGAUUACGAGGUAUUUGGAGUGAAUAUGCAAGCUGGCUUCCUGCUGUUUGGACCUCCAGGUUGCGGGAAAACACUAAUAGCAAAAGCAGUGGCACAUGAGGCAGGGGCUAAUUUUAUUCAUAUCAAGGGGCCUGAGCUACUGAACAAGUAUGUCGGGGAGAGUGAAUCAGAAGUGAGGAAAAUAUUCACUCGUGCACGCACAAAUUCCCCGUGCAUCCUAUUUUUUGAUGAGGUAGAUGCUUUGACAACAAAGAGAGGGAAAGAGGGAGGAUGGGUUGUUGAGCGUCUCCUAAAUCAGUUACUUAUUGAACUUGAUGGUGCCGAUCAACGCCAAGGUGUCUAUGUGAUAGGAGCUACAAACAGAAUUGAUGUGAUAGAUGAUGCUGUUCUGCGGCCUGGUAGAUUUGGGAAAAAACAUUAUGUACCUUUACCUGGUGCGGACGAGAGAGUCUCAAUAUUAAAAGCGCAUGCUCGAAGCAAGCCCAUCUCAUCUGAUGUCGAUUUGGAAGCACUAGCACGCCGUGAGGAGUGCAACAACCUCACUGGUGCCGACCUUGCAUCACUGGUCAAUGAAGCAGCGAUGGCAGCAUUGGAAGAGAGACUGGACUUUGUUGAGCACGGGACAUCAUCCAUGAGUUCCUCUUGUUUGAUUGAGCUCUCACACUUUGAACGUGCUCUAUCAAAGGUUAAGCCAUCAGUAUCUGAACAGCUAAUUAAAUAUUACGAGGCAUUGUCAAAAAGAUACUCAUCAAACUGAUGGAUCGCCAUGUCUGUCUUGGUGUGUGUAUGAGAACCUUGUGAAAAAUGUAUGCAUGUACCAUGCUUUCCGUGGUUCUUCGGCCGUGUCACUAUACACGAAGAUGGCUGCAGGCCUCUUGCACCGCCACAAGCAUACCCAUUUCUGAAGUUGUUAACUUAGAGAACGAGAGAGCUAGGUCUUGCGAGAUCCCUCGCAAUCAAAUUUGGUCUUGCUUAUUUGUACCGGCAAUUUUGGUCUUGCUUUAAGAUACAUCAUCACACAUGAAUGUGUUGUGCGUGAAGUGAAAUGAAAUAUGGCAAGGAAAAAUAUUUCAGUGUGUUGCACAGCUAUUGCUAUGUAUAUUAUGCUCCAUUGGCCUC